AUGGAGAAAUACAACCUCACAGUGGUGACUGAAUUCAUCCUGAUGGGCAUCACAGACCGCCCUGAGCUGCAGGCCCCUUUAUUUGGACUGUUCCUGGCCAACUACCUGAUCUCACUACUGGGCAACAUGGGCAUGAUCAUCCUCACCACGGUGGACUCCCAGCUGCAAACACCCAUGUACUUCUUCCUCAGACACCUGGCCAUUACAGAUCUGGGUUAUUCUACAGCCGUGGGACCCAAAAUGUUGGUGAAUUUUGUUGUUCAUCAAAAUACCAUCUCCUAUAAACUUUGUGCCACACAGCUAGCUUUCUUCCUUGUAUUUAUAAUUAGUGAACUUUUUAUUCUGUCUGCCAUGUCCUAUGACCGCUAUGUGGCCAUCUGUAAGCCACUGCUCUACACUGUCAUCAUGUCCCAAAGGGUAUGUCAUGUCCUGGUGGCCAUCCCUUAUCUCUACUGCACGUUUGUCUCUCUCCUGGUCACCACAAAGAUUUUCACUUUAUCCUUUUGUGGCUCCAAUGUCAUCAGUCAUUUCUACUGUGACAGUCUCCCCUUGUUAUCUUUGUCUUGCUCUAGUACACAUGAAAUAGAAAUGAUCAUUCUGGUCUUAGCUGCUUUUAAUUUGAUUGCCUCUCUCCUGGUGGUCCUGGUGUCCUACUUGCUCAUCCUCACAGCCAUUCUCAGGAUGAACUCUGCUGAGGGAAGGCACAAGGCUUUCUCCACCUGUGGGUCCCAUAUGACUGUGGUCAUUGUCUUCUAUGGGACUUUGAUAUUCAUGUAUGUGCAGCCCAAGUCCAGCCACUCUUUUGACACUGACAAAGUAGCCUCCAUCUUCUAUACAUUGGUCAUUCCCAUGCUUAAUCCUUUGAUCUAUAGCUUGAGGAACAAAGAUGUAAAAUAUGCCCUUCAGAGGACAUGGAAAAAGAUGUGGAUUGUUUUGUUUUGA